AGCAGACUUGGAUUCCCCAACCUCCAUUCCCUUCAAUGGGUAACAGUAACAAUAACAAUAUAACUGCUAUCAACCAGUCCUUCAAUUCUCCUCCAAUUUUAGAGUUUUCUGGGACAUUUUCUUACAGGUCACCUACUCCGCUGUCCUCUGCACCACCUGCCAUAAGCAAUCACUGGUCUGCUCCUGCUGGAGCUUGGGGUUUUACUGGCACUUCUUCCGGUUUACCUUAUCCGGGAAGCAAUGUUGGUCCUCCUCUGACUUGGCCUCGGAUUCCUAGUCGGCCAUUCCAAUCAAACUCGCCAUCUCCAGCUGUACUUGCUUCCAUGUCAAGGCGCAGGAGGAAUCCCGGCAACCGGAGGUUCAUGAAUCAAACAAGGCCUUCCCCAGCAUCAGUAGCUGAUGAGCAGACUAGUGGUUUCACCAUGUUUCCUUCAUCAGAGCUUUCCGGUAAUAAUGCACCAAAUCAAGUGUCACUGCCUCGAGGAUCGACUAUGCCUGAUCACGGUAUGCAGCUGUGGAACACACCUGAAAGCAUGCCGCCGGAAUAUCAAACAGAUGAUGAAGAGGAGGAGGAGGAUGAUGAGGAGGAGGAGGAGUAGAGAGCAACGUACAAUGAUGAAGAUCAAGAGGAGGUGCAGAAGAAGAGAGCUAGUGUAUUAGAACAAAUUGUUUGCUGAUCAGAUGUAUGUGAUGAAUAAUGGAGUAUGUUGGACUGAUGAAUUUGAAUUUGCUACAUUGUGGAGUUUAAAUUGAUAAAAUAGAGAAAGACU